UCGCUGAAACUGAAAGGCGGUGACUGAGUAGAGUAUUGUUUUCCAUCGGUGGCAUCGAAUAGUGCAAAACAAGCGCAAUCUUUCCAAUUACCAUUGCGUGCUCACUGUGGAAUAUCGAACGUGAAGCGAAAAAGUAGAAGUGGAAAGUGAAAGAGGAAAAGAAAGAAAUAGAUAGCCGAAGCGAAAUCUUGGAGAAAAGUAACGGAAGAAGAAGAAAUUGUGCGGUGUGCAUUUCUGUGUUGAAUGCCGUGAAAGACGAAAGAAAAAGCAAGCCAGCUAGUACUAGAGAAAGGAGCAGACCAGCGUGUGCUUAGUAAAAAAAAGUAUUGAAAAAGAGAAAUUCCCAACCUAUCCAAAUCCAGCAACAAUAAUAAAAUAGAAGUAGCGGAAACGCUCUCGUGAGUUGAAUUACUGAUCGCGCAAUACACGGCAUGCAGAUCUGAUCGCAACUGUGCCUUGAACGCAGUAAAUGCAAUAGCCCAGAGGAAAAGCCAACAACGUGAGAGCGAUUUGUUGUCGUAUUUUAUUAUUAUUUUGUAUUUGCUGUGACUAUUGCGAAUUCUCUUUGUGCGCUCAAAAGUGAAAGACAAAUAAGAAGAAAAUAAUAUUUUUGCUAAACGCUGAAAAGAUCAACAGCACUAUUUGCCGUACAGCGCUAUAGUGAUCCACAAACAACAACAACUACAUACGUGUAACGCGAAUUAAAUUGAAAACGUUGGAGCAGCAGCAGCAGCAUCAGCGACAGUAACAGCAAGAGACUAGCAACAGCAAUACUAACAAAACUUCCGAUACAGUAUAAUUGCAUAGGUUUUGUGGAGCGCCCAAGAGUGUGUGAAGUUGUUUGUAUUGGAGUAAAAAGCACUGUGUGAUUUGGAAUAUUUCUUGCUGUCGUCUCUUGACCCAUAUUGGACUAUAUUUCGCAAAGCGGUUGCAGCUUUGGCAAUAAAACAAUAAGAAUUUCAAUAAAUAGAAAAACGCUUUUCAUACACACUUUUUUGAAAGUUCAUCAAUUUAAAUUUACAUAUUAUAACGGCUUAGUCCAACGUCAAAGGGCGCUGCGCUGUACUAAAUAAUUAUUUUCAAUUUCCUGACUGCGUUCGUAAAUAAAAAAAGCCGCUUUAAUGAUGUCGUCUGAUCAACAGUUUUUCCUAAAAUGGAACGAUUUCCAGACGAAUAUGGUGACCUCGUUCCGGCACCUGAGGGACGAGAAGAGUUUUACAGACGUAACACUUGCCUGCGAAGGACAAACUUGCAAAGCGCACAAAAUGGUUCUAUCUGCAUGCAGCCCGUAUUUCAAAGCACUUUUGGAGGAAAAUCCUUCAAAGCACCCCAUCAUUAUUUUAAAAGAUGUCUCGUAUAUACAUCUGCAAGCUAUAUUAGAGUUUAUGUACGCCGGCGAAGUAAAUGUCUCGCAAGAACAAUUGCCGGCCUUCUUGAAAACUGCUGAUCGCCUCAAAGUGAAAGGUCUGGCAGAAACUCCCAGUUCCAUAAAACGGGAAGGUUGAUGGUGGUAAAUAAAUAAAAAUUAAAAAAAAAACAGACGACUAUAUAUAAUAAUACAACAAACAUAUAAAAACAAAAUACGCCUACAACUAAAAAUAAGGAAUGAUUAUAAUUUUAAAUGGACCUAAAUAAAAGCAGUUUAAAUUUUAUUUUAAAUGCGUAAAAUUACUUGUAAUUAAUUGAUAAAUUUAGUAAAGUACUAAAAAAUGCAAAAAUAACCCCUACCGCAACAUGCUAAAUAGUUGAACAAAUUAUUUAAUUGAAACGACAAAUACGCACGUGAGUGCUGUAACCAAACGUUUACUUGUGUAUGCUCUUUGACGCGUUUAUCAUGCAGUUUAUAUUUUAAACUUGGCUCUACAAAAAUUCCGCAUAAUUGUAUAACGUUGCCUAAUAAAAAAUUUAUUUCUUUUGCAAUAAUUAUUGCGUAAUUGUUUUGCUUUUUGCUAUACAUUUAAAUAUAUGUAUAUUUUACUCAACUCAAUACUGUCUCACCUAAUGCUGGCUUAUUUAUAUAACUUAACAAUUAUUUUUAUUUUCUCACACAUUAAAGAAAAAUAAAAAACAAAUAAGAAAAAAAAAUAAAAAAAUAAAAAAAAACACUUAAAUGCCACAAGUUGGCGAGUAUAAAGAAUUUUGUAGUGUAUAAAAUAAUUAAUGCUAAAACAAAAAAAAAAUAAAAUAA